CUCAACAGUGAAACAUAAACGACUUUCAACAGACAAUGAAGCAAGCAAGGAGAAUGAAGAGAAGCAUGAGUCUUCUUCAUCUGAAGACGACAAGGAUUCAGAUGAUGAAGCAAUGGAGGAAGAGGAUUCUGAUUACGACCCAGAGUACGAUCCUGAGAGACUCUGGUGCAUCUGCCGAAAACCACAUGGAAAUAGGUUUAUGAUUUGCUGUGAUUCCUGUGAAGAAUGGUUACAUGGUGACUGUGUGUCCAUCACCAAAGAAAUCGGCAAAGAAAUGGAGAAAAAUGGGAUUGAAUACAUCUGCCCACGAUGUGUGAUAGGUAUGUGCACACUUUUGUACAGUAUGUCCUUUUAUGACAUCAUAAAAUGUAGUAAAAAACCAUAUCAAACAAUUGCCUCAGAGAAACAUUCAUU